GGACGCGGUGGCUGUUGGUCCGGCUCAAGAUGGCGUCGUCCGUCAGGGUGCGAUGAGCGGCCGGGAGCCGGGGAGCAGCGGCUCUUAACCUUGCCCUUCGCGGCUGAAAUAAAGAGGUUUUCCCCGCCCUCCUUUGCCCCAUCUACACCCGCAGCGGUCUCUCCUCUCCCCCCCCUCCCCCCGGGGGGGCUGCGGCGCUGAGAGGGGUCGGCGGGGGCCGCAGCAUGGCCGGCGUCAGCCUCCUGGAGGAACUGCUGGAGGAAGACCAGGGCGACAUGACCGACUGGAACCUGCUCGUGGCUUUCAUGAAGAAGCGGCACUCGGAGAAAAUCGAGGGCUCCAAGGCGGUCACGCAGAGCUGGCGAAUGAAAGACCGGAUGAAAACUGUCAGUGUUGCCUUGGUUCUUUGCCUGAAUGUUGGUGUAGAUCCCCCUGAUGUGGUAAAAACUACCCCCUGUGCUCGAUUGGAAUGUUGGAUAGAUCCACUAUCCAUGAGCCCUCAAAAAGCUUUGGAAAGCAUUGGCGCAAACUUACAAAAGCAAUAUGAGAACUGGCAGCCAAGGGCCAGAUAUAAACAGAGCUUGGAUCCAACGGUGGAUGAAGUUAAAAAGCUCUGCACCUCCCUCAGACGUAAUGCAAAGGAAGAAAGAGUGCUCUACCAUUAUAACGGACACGGAGUGCCAAGACCGACUGUAAAUGGUGAAAUCUGGGUAUUCAAUAAGAACUAUACGCAAUAUAUUCCCCUCUCCAUUUACGACCUUCAAACUUGGAUGGGCAGUCCCUCUAUAUUUGUGUAUGACUGCUCAAAUGCUGGGAUCAUAGUGAAGUCGUUUAAGCAGUUCGCACUACAGAGAGAACAGGAGUUGGAGGUUGCUGCCAUCAAUCCAAAUCAUCCACUGGCGCAGAUGCCAUUGCCACCAUCGAUGAAGAAUUGCAUCCAGCUCGCUGCUUGUGAAGCUACUGAGCUUCUACCAAUGAACCCAGAUUUGCCAGCAGAUCUUUUCACUUCAUGCCUUACUACACCAAUCAAAAUAGCAUUGCGCUGGUUCUGUAUGCAAAGGAGUGCCAAGCUGGUGCCUGGUGUAACACUGGACUUGAUAGAAAAAAUUCCAGGAAGACUCAAUGACAGGCGAACACCUCUCGGAGAACUCAAUUGGAUUUUUACAGCCAUAACGGACACUAUAGCGUGGAAUGUAUUACCCAGAGAUCUCUUCCAAAAAUUGUUUCGGCAGGACCUGCUGGUUGCCAGUUUAUUCCGCAAUUUUCUUUUAGCUGAACGGAUUAUGAGGUCCUACAACUGUACCCCUGUCAGUAGUCCUCGUCUGCCUCCGACGUACAUGCACGCUAUGUGGCAAGCUUGGGAUCUCGCUGUGGAUAUUUGCCUUUCCCAACUUCCCACCAUUAUAGAAGAGGGAACAGCUUUCAGGCACAGUCCAUUUUUUGCCGAGCAGCUGACAGCAUUCCAGGUGUGGCUAACGAUGGGUGUUGAGAACAGGAAUCCACCAGAACAGUUGCCAAUUGUUCUGCAGGUGUUGCUUAGUCAAGUCCAUCGAUUGCGAGCACUGGAUUUGCUGGGAAGGUUUUUGGACUUGGGUCCCUGGGCCGUGAGUUUAGCAUUAUCCGUUGGUAUUUUUCCAUAUGUUUUGAAACUACUUCAGAGUUCAGCCCGGGAGUUGAGGCCGCUUCUCGUCUUCAUCUGGGCCAAGAUCUUGGCUGUGGAUAGUUCUUGCCAGGCUGAUCUGGUGAAAGACAAUGGUCACAAGUACUUCCUUUCUGUUCUGGCAGACCCGUACAUGCCGGCUGAGCACAGAACAAUGGCAGCUUUUAUUUUAGCCGUAAUUGUCAAUAGCUAUAACACGGGCCAGGAGGCCUGCCUGCAGGGUAAUCUGAUAGCCAUCUGCCUGGAACAGUUGAAUGAUCCUCACCCUUUACUGCGCCAGUGGGUGGCCAUUUGCUUGGGUCGCAUCUGGCAGAACUUUGACGCCGCUCGCUGGUGUGGUGUAAGAGACAUCGCACAUGAGAAAUUGUACAGUCUUCUCUCCGAUUCAAUACCUGAGGUGCGAUGUUCUGCUGUGUUUGCCUUGGGCACAUUCGUAGGUAAUUCAGCAGAGAGAACUGAUCAUUCCACAACAAUUGAUCACAACGUAGCUAUGAUGUUAGCCCAGUUAAUAAAUGAUGGAAGUCCUGUCGUUCGGAAGGAAUUGGUUGUGGCAUUCAGUCAUCUUGUCGUUCAGUAUGAAAGUAAUUUCUGCACCGUGGCGCUGCAGUUCAUGGAAGAAGAGAAGAACUACCCGCUUCCCUCCCCUGCCAGUGUGAUCGAACCUGGGAACUUCACGCCAGUACGCGAUGGGCCUGCUGUCCCGAGACUCCGUACAGUGAGUUCCUACGGAAAUAUCCGCGCAGCCACCUCAGUUCGGAACUUGAACAAGUCUCUGCAAAAUCUUAAUUUAAACGAAGAAACUGGUGGUUCAAACCCCUUCUCCCCUGGAUAUCUAAGCACCAGCAGUAGUGCGAGCAGCACCCUGGGAAGCCCUGACAAUGAUGAGUACAUCCUUUCAUUCGAAACCAUAGAUAAAAUGCGAAGAGUCAGCUCCUACAGCUCCUUAAACUCCUUGAUAGGGGUGUCAUUUAACAGUGUCUACACUCAGAUCUGGCGCGUUCUCCUACACCUUGCCGCAGAUCCGUUCCCAGAAGUGUCCGACCUCGCGAUGAAGGUGCUCAACAACACAGCGUACAAGGCUACAAUGAACGCCCGCCCGCAGCGCAUCCUGGACUCCACAAACCUCACACAGUCAGCACCAGCCAGCCCCACCAGUAAGGGAGCACACAUUCACCAGGUUGGAGGAUCACCGCCCAUACCCAGCACCAGUAGUUCAAGUCUGACCAAUGAUGUGAGCAAACAGACAGGACUCAGAGAUAUCUCGGCUGCGUCGCGGCAAGGAAUAGUUCCCACCGUCGCGACGCCUUACACUCCACAUUCUCACCAGUUUUCCAGAACGCGAAAAAUGUUCGACAAGGGGCCAGAUCAGACUGUUGAAGAUUCAGAGGACGGGGUUGGACACAAAAGUUUCAUAUCCACAACUAUGCAAACAGGGUUCUGUGAUUGGAGCGCAAAAUAUUUUGCACAGCCAGUGAUGAAGAUUCCUGAGGAGCACGAUGUCGAGAGCCUGGUUCGCAAGGAGCGAGAAUGGAGAUUCUUGCGUAAUGGGCUGGUUAGAAAGCGUGCUUCACAAAUUAUAGAAAAGGGCAUUACAAGACUGGAUGACCAAAUCUUUAUCAACAGAAACCCAGGCGUGCCUUCUGUGGUGAAAUUCCAUCCUUUUACUCCAUGUAUAGCAGUAGCUGAUAAAGACAGUAUAUGUUUCUGGGAUUGGGAGAAAGGAGAAAAGCUUGACUAUUUUCACAAUGGAAAUCCCCGGUAUACGAGGAUUACAGCCAUGGAAUAUCUGAACGGCCAGGAUUUCUCUCUGCUCCUCUCAGCCACAGAUGACGGUGCUAUCAGAGUGUGGAAAAACUUUGCGGAUUUGGAAAAGAAUCCGGAGAUGGUGACUGCAUGGCAAGGAUUAUCUGAUAUGCUUCCAACAACCAGAGGUGCUGGAAUGGUCGUGGACUGGGAGCAGGACACUGGUCUCUUAAUGACUUCUGGGGAUGUGCGCAUUAUUCGUAUCUGGGACACAGACCGCGAGAUGAAAGUCCAGGAUAUUCCAACUGGAGCGGACAGUUGUGUGACUAGUCUUUCCUGUGAUUCGAACCGUUCCCUAAUCGUGGGUGGGCUUGGCGAUGGCUCAGUUCGUAUCUAUGACAGACGGAUGGCUCCUAAUGAAUGCCGUGUGAUGACCUACAGGGAACAUGCUGCCUGGGUAGUAAAAACCUAUCUGCAGAAGUCUUCAGACGGCAACAUCAUCACUGUGAGUGUAAAUGGAGAUGUGCGAUUCUUUGACCCACGGAUGCCAGAGUCAUUGAACGUAAUUCAGACUGUGAAAGGCCUGACGGCGUUGGACUUCCACCCCCAGGCUAAUCUGUUUGCCUGUGGCUCUAUGAACCAGUUCAUUGCUGUAUACAAUGCAAAUGGAGAUGUGAUAAGCAACAUUAAAUACUAUGACGGAUUUAUGGGGCAGAGGAUCGGAGCUAUUAGCUGCCUGGCUUUCCACCCCUUUUGGCCGCACUUAGCAGUCGGAAGCAAUGACUACUACAUGUCUAUAUAUUCAGCUGAGAAACGCAUCAGAUAACACAGAAUAACACAGCCCUACACAUCCCCCCUUUAAGGAGAUUCUGACUGUAGCGGUCAGACGCUGUAUAUUACUUCUAAUGUACAUACCGAAUUAUUUACUUGAAUAUCUGGUAACAGCUGCUGUAAGUCACGACUUGAACUUCUUUUCCAUUCUAUAUUUCAGCUGCUGUGACACGAUUCACAGCAGCAGCCAUGGUUUGUCUUGUAAGAAAAUGGCCGCAAACCUUUUAUUCGAAGACCUGUCUAAAAUGUUUUUGUUUUCUUUUGUGAAUUAGAUUUUAGAAUUCAUAUUAAUAUAAUUUACCGCGUGGUGACUGCCUGCGAUGGGCGUGACAGUUGUAUAUAAAUGACAAAUCCUCCCAGCUUCCAGAGUCACACAAUAUGGUGAAGACAAGCGAUGGCUCACCGGCCAUACUAUACUACUAGCAGCUGCUCUAGAGGACAAUUAAAAAGCUCAUGUCUUUAAUGCGAUGUUGCUUUUGAGAGCAUUAUUUUCUCCACCGACUACAGCAAGUCCGCAAUAAGAAAAUCAUGUUAUUCUGAAACGUUGUACAGACUGUUCUUCCCAAUUUGUUUAUUUUUCCUUUUUUGCGUGUGUGAGUGUGUGUGUGUGUGUGUGUGUAUGCGCGCGUGUGAUUUAAUUUUGCUAAAUAAUUGCUGGUUGUAAUAGGAAACUUCAAUCAACUCGUACAAAAUAACCAAUGAUGGGACAAGAUGCCUGAGUAGAACCUGAGUGAUACACUCAUAUAUCUGUCGUUGAAUGUCAAUGAAACCAUUAAAGGAACUGGAAACUGA